UCUCUGCGCCAACCAGGACCAACUUCUCUUUCUAAAAAUGACCGAAACAGUGGUGGGGGACGUAUGUGCAGACAUGUAGCACACUUUGUCAUGGAUCGUCUCCUUUAUGGGCCCAGUAUUCGGUCGGACCUGAUACCUCAGUGGACGGUAGUGGUCGCUUUCUUUACCUACUUGAUCAAGGACAAUGUAGAGAGCAAACAGGCGGUUUUAAUAGAAAACCUAUUGGAGAUGAUUUUGGAUGUCCAGCUGGACCAGAGCUGCUGGGUGCGGAAGAUCGGGGUAUGCCCCGGAGAAUUUGAAUAACUGGGCAUUUUAAUGAACUGUUUGGAUUAUCACAAUUUGGGGAACGAAAGCGAGCUGAUCCUGGAGUCCCUGCAAUCCUUCUCGAAACUCCUGAACAGUUUGCCAGGGUACAAAUUCAGUCCCUUUCAAGUUACCGCAGCAGUGAGGAUCAAGUUGCUAUUCAGUCAAGAGGAUCCACGUCUAAGGAGAUCCUCGAUCCAGUUAUUAGGAGAUCUGGCAACAUCCCUUGGCCAGGAGACCAAUUUGGAGGCAUUCAAGGAUCGAGUGAGAUCCAAGGGAACCUCAUCACUUUACUCUUGCAUUUAUGCGCUCCAGACGUGUAUGUUGUCAAGGCCUGUAAAAGUACGAUCCAGAAGGUUGGCCCUUAUCUUGAUUUUCCGGAGGUAUACCGCAUGAUCCAGGAGUGUUUGGGCGAUGACACCGACUUGAUGUUCACGGAUUUUAUUGGGGAGUUAAUUAAACGCAUGGGAUUUAUGGAAUCAAAGAUAUCAAGGUUAUUUGGGGGUCAAAUCGAGGACGAGUUGGUUUAAAGGUGGUGUCUAAGGGCCAAUCCCGCCCUUGUCAUCGGUUUGUUCUACGCCGAACUACUACCCGAGAAUAAACCGAAAGUUUCACUGGAAACUGUCUGUGAUAAACUGAACAGACUAAUGCAAGA